GAUUGUUUUUCUUUUGUUAUGAUUUCCUGUUGUGAAAUCGUCAGUCUCUCUGUCUCAAUGCAGCAAAAAUGGCUUCAAACUUAUGGUCAGAGGAGCAGUUUAGCUGUCCGGUGUGUCUGGAGAUAUUGAAGGACCCAAUCACUACUGCAUGUGGACACAGUUACUGUAUGGGGUGUAUUAAGAACUGCUGGGAUCAGACUGAUCAUACAGGAGUCUACAGCUGCCCUCAGUGCAGAGAGACCUUUACCCCAAGGCCUGUUCUGCGCAGGAACACUAUGCUGGCUGAAGUUGUGGAGAAAUUCAAGAAGACAGGAAUCAAUCCUCCUCCUGUUCAAAGUUAUGCUGGACCUAGCGAUGUGUCGUGUGAUGUCUGCACUGGGAGAAAUUUCAAAGCUGUAAAAUCCUGUUUGACGUGCCUGGCCUCUUACUGUGAAAUUCACAUCAAGCCACACUAUGAAGCUGCUGCAUUGAAGAGGCACAAACUGGUCAAUGCAACUGGAAAUCUGGAGCAGAAGCUUUGUGCUGAACACCAGAAGGUUUUGGAGGUCUUCUGCAGAACUGAUCAGACGUGUAUUUGCUUGUUGUGUGCAGACAAGAAACAUAAACCCCAUGAUACAGUGUCAUCUGAGACAGAAAGGGCUGAGAAACAGACACAACUGGGAGAGAAACAGAGAGAAAUCCAACAGAAAAUCCAAGAGAGACUGAGGGAGCUUAAACUGCUGAAACAGGCUUUAGAGUCGAUAAAAAGAUCUGCACGGAAAGAAAUAAAGGAAAGUAAGAAGAUCUUUAAUGAGCUGAUCCGAUCCAUUGAGAAGAUUCGCUCUGAGGUUACUGAGCUGAUUGGAGCUAAUGAGAAGGCUGCAGUGAAUCAGGCUGAAGGAUUCAUGAAGAAACUGGAGCAGGAGAUUGCUGAGUUGAGAAGGAGAAACGCUGAGCUGAAACAGCUUUCUGAGACAGAGGAUCACAUCCACUUUCUACAGAAUUUCAAGUCUCUCUGUGCCCCUCUUGAAGCUGGAGACUUACCCAGCAUUAUUGCCAAUUCAGACAUCUCUUUUGGGGCUGUGAGGAAAGCUGUGUCUGAACUUAAAGAUCAUAUCGAGGACUUCUGCAAAGGGGAAUUAGUAAAAAUAAGUGUCAAUGAAACAACAUUUUAUACCCUGAGGCCUGUGAGCAGUGACAUCGUUAUAAACGUGGAUGAAUUUGGUGCUCACAAUCUGCAGGCUGCAGAGUCAAGGACCAGAGCUGAGUUUUUAAAAUAUUCCUGUCAGCUCACACUGGACCCCAACACGGCGAAUAAAUACCUCUGGUUGUCUGAAGGGAACAGAAAGGUGACAUGCAAGGAAGAGACCCAGUCAUAUCCUGAUCACCCAGAUAGAUUUGAUUACUGGGAGCAAGUUCUUUGCAGAGAGGGUUUGUCAGGGACUCGCUGCUACUGGGAGAUUGAGUACAGUUUGGUAGGGACUUGUAUAGGAGUCACAUAUAAAGGAAUCAGCACAAAAGCACGAGAUGGUUCCUGUGGCCUUGGAAACAAUGACAAAUCCUGGGGUUUGUACUGCUUUGGUUCCAGUUACACAGCCCGACACAGUAGCGAUGACAUAAUGAAAUUUGGCCCAGACUGCCACAGAAUAGGAGUGUAUCUGGACUUUAAUGCUGGGACUCUUUCAUUUUAUAUAGUCUCUAGUGACAAAAUUACCCUCAUGCACAGAUUCCAAACCACAUUCACUGAGCCACUCUAUCCUGGGUUUUACCUACCUUUUCAUAAUCCUUCUGCAGAUGAUAAUAGUGUUUCUUUAGUGUCACCUAACCUCUUCUGUGCUGAGGAUAUACAUGGCAUGUCCUAAGAAGUGCUUCCCGGGAUUGAUUGAAUUGUUAAAUGUAAAAUACAGCCUGUUUGAACACUAUCUUUGGCUUGUACCGUGAAACAUCCCUAAUGAAUUUUAAAAACAUUGUUUUCUUUUCAAUGUCGAUUGAUAAUAGUAUAAUGUUUGCCUUUGAUUAGUAGGUAUUUUAUGAACCUGUGUUUCAUGAUAGUAGCUUUGAAGUAACACAUCUUUGUUUUUAUUGAACUGUUUUGUUGAUAUGCGAUCAGAUGACUAUUAUAAUUUAUCAUGCAUGUGGGGAGUUGAAAAUCUUUUGUUUUUCUUUUUUCAGCUACAACAACAAUAAAAAAAGACAAUGAUCAGAGGCUAAAAUAAACAUUUUGAACCAGAA